AUGGCUCUGAAACUGGCUAAAUUUGCCGUGAAUACUACACCUUCCGAAUUUUUAACAUGGGCCAAACUAACUGAAGUUUAUAUUGAUCUUGAGGACUACAAGAAUGCACUGUUGACAUUGAAUUCUUGUCCCAUGUUUACUUACAGCGAGCGUGAUAUGCAUCGUAUGCCUGCGCCCAUCAAGACACAUUUACCUAUCAAAGCAGAGAUCAUGAAUUCAGGCAUCAUGGAAGAAGAUGCUGCUGGAAGAGAGAAUGAGGCUGACCCCAACUUGGCUCGUCUCCCCGCUCCCGCAUUACAUGGAACAUUUGCUAAAGCGUAUGCACUUUUGACUCGCUUAGCUAGUAAGAUUGGAUGGGACGAUUUAUUGAAAUGCAGAUCUCAAGUAUUCGUUAUGGAGGAGGAAUACCGUAUGCAAAAGGCCAAGGAAGAUACUCAAAAGUCGAGCACAUCCGUUAACGAGCAACAGCAACACAGCAAAGACGAGCCCACAGCAUCUUUGCGUGCUAAUGCUCAAGAGAGUGUCGAGCAAAAGGAGCAAGUAGCAGAGACUAGUGCUACCACCGUGUCUGAUAGCGAGGAAAAUAAGAAGGAAGAAGACGCUAAAGAAGAGGAAGGAUCUCAAAAUGGAGAACCAUCAGAGGAAACAAAAGAAACCACUGAAAAUUCUGAUGAGUUGGCUGAUCAAAUGGACACUGUUGAUUUAAAUGCUGACGAGAGUAAUCAACAGCAAGCAGCUGAAGAAGAAAACCAACAGCAACCAAAGGUUGAGGUGCAUCACACUCCACUUGAACGUCCUACCCAAGCAGCGGAGGACAACUCAAAGACUGAAGGCACGUCUACUUCCAACGAUGCGCCCAUCAACACACCACACCCCAGUGAUGGUGUCAACUUUUCAUUCAGCAACAAACGUCUUUGUGAGCGUUGGCUAGACAAUCUGUUUAUGGUAUUGUACGAAGAUUUGCGUAUCUAUACUUUCUGGAGAACCGAAGCCGCACAUUAUCGUGCUCAACAAAUGCCCUAUCGUAAGACUGGUACUGAAUGGGAGCUAUUGGGUGAUCUUGCUCUUAGAUUAUGGCAUGAAAAUGAAGCAAGAGAGGCAUAUGAACAGUGCUUGGAUCACAAAUUCUCUGCCAAGGCUUGGAUGAAGCUUUUGGAGAUAUAUGUUACUGAAUCCAACGUCCAAAGAGCUCUUUUAGCUGCAGUGAAAUUGACAGUAUACCAUGAGCGUUGGUACCAUGAAAUUGUGUACCCAAGCGAAAUUGCUCGUAACCUCAACAUUGUUAUUCGCAGAGAGGGCCUCUCCAAGAUGCAGAAUAUGUUGACUUCCAUGAACUUACCCCGUCCUGUGCAGCAAUUGAUGACACAAUAUUUCGAUUUUGCCGAGCUAUUCAAGGUGGAAGGAUAUGAAUUUUAA